AACAAUACAAACCAAGUUCGGCCACGCUCCUCUUCCACCAGUCUCCGUCGCCGACCUCCACCACCUGCUUCGCCAUGGCCAAUGACCUGCCUGCCGCCGGCGCAGGCCCCUCUCCCGUCACUCCUCCUCCCCCCUCCGCGUCGCCGAGCGCUCCACCCGUCGAUGCCUCCUCGUUCACCCACACUCCGUUCUACUGUGAAGAAAAUGUGUACUUUCUAUGCAAAGAACUGAUUAGAAUUGGAGUGGCUGAUCCUGCGGGCACUGACCUUUACAUUGUUUUCAUAUCAAAUGAGGAAAUGAAGGUUCCUCUCUGGCAUCAGAAAGCAAGUCAUUCUGAUGAUGUAUUUGUCUUGUGGGAUUAUCAUGUGAUCUGCAUCGAGGUAAAGCGAAACAAAGGAGAAGUUCUUGAUCUUGUUUGGGAUCUGGACUCCAAUCUUCCUUUUCCUUCCCCAUUCCUCCAGUAUGUUUCUGGUGCAAUUCGACCACUGUCAUUUGGUGAUUCCAUAUAUAGAAGACUUUUCCGUGUGAUUCAGGCUCCUAUGUUUCUUCGAUCAUUUGCAUCAGAUAGAAGCCGCAUGAAAGACCUCAAGGGGAAUUGGAUUCAGUUGCCCCCAGAAUAUGAACCAAUUGUGGCGGAAGAUGGAACCACUAAUAACCUUAAUGAGUACAUUACAAUGUCAAUGGAUGAUGUGGCAGACCUAGAAAGUAUGGUUAAUGAUGUUCACUUCAACAAGCAUGUAGUAGUGGUAAACGAAAUGAUCCUGCUUGACUUCUUCUCUCGACUACCUGGUUGACAUCCUUAACAAUGCUCUUCAAGUUAAUCUCAAAGCAGUUUCAGAAAUUCCAUUUUCAGUGGAUUACUCUGUACUAUGUCCAACGAAGAUUUGUCAUUAUAUAGAUCGGGGAAUAUCAUGUCUUGAAGGAGUAUCACAGAGGAGCUCAUGUCCUGUUUGGAACUCGAUAAACUAUUGUUGUAGCAUGUUUCAAGGGGAACAUCCCUGAUAAAUAACAUGUUUUUUUCACCACUCCCGCUAUACAAUUUUUUUGAACUGAAAUAGUCAGUUACCACUUGCACA